UAAACUAUCUUCAUUUUGUCCCCUCACAAUGAUUAGACAGGUCGUAUUCAUUUGCUUACUAGCGACAACUAGCACCGGAUUUGUACAGGGCCAUAUAUACAAGCCGCUUUUUUGUGAGGAAACCAAUGCAAAUAUAACCAGAUCUUCGCUUCUCGCCUAUUGUGUGAAUCAGAACGAAUGCUUCAUUAACAGACCAGUAGGUCUUUGCCCCAAAGGUGAAGUGUGUUGCGUGAAAAAACAAGAUUUUAACAUUGACGAGGUUGAAUUUAUGGAGAAUUAAACUUGCUGGAAAGAAAUUAUAAA